CUAGAUUUUGAUGGAUGUACUAGAUUUUUUUCCCGUCAAAGUCCGCCAUACCAACUGUGAAAUACGAAACAGACAUCCUUCUUUUCCGUAUCUGCACUUCGUGGAAGUCGGACGUAUUCGUUGACGAAAUGUCGCACCGUAAGUUUUCCGCCCCUCGCCAUGGUUCCAUGGCCUUUUACCCGAAGAAGCGUGCUUCUCGUCAUCAGGGCCGCAUAAAGGCAUUCCCAAAGGAUGAUGCCUCGAAGCCGGUACAUUUGACGGCGUUCCUUGCCUAUAAGGCCGGCAUGACGCACAUCGUGAGAGAAGCGGAUCGCCCUGGUUCAAAGAUCAACAAGAAAGAAGUUGUGGAGGCUGUAACUAUCCUGGAAACGCCACCAAUUGUUAUUGUCGGUGCUGUUGGAUAUAUUGAGACUCCAUUCGGACCACGUGCUCUUUGCAACGUUUGGGCUCAACAUCUGUCCGAAGAAUGCCGUCGUCGUUUCUACAAGAACUGGCAUGCGAGCAAGAAGAAGGCUUUCACCAAGGCUUCCAAAAAAUGGACCGACGAUCUGGGAAAGAAAUCCAUCGAAGACAACUUCAAGAAGAUGAUCCGUUACUGCAAGUUUAUCCGUGUCAUUGCCCACUCGCAGAUUCGUCUGAUCAAGCAAGGACAGAAGAAGGCUCACAUUAUCGAAAUCCAACUGAACGGUGGUACCAUCGAGGAUAAAGUAAACUGGGUUAAGGAACAUCUGGAGAAGCCUAUCCCAGUUGCCCAGGUUUUCCACCAGGAUGAGAUGAUUGAUUGCAUUGCCGUCACCAAGGGUAAGGGUUUCAAGGGCGUCACCAGCCGUUGGCAUACCAAGAAACUGCCACGUAAGACACACAAGGGUCUGCGUAAGGUUGCUUGUAUCGGAGCUUGGCAUCCGUCUCGUGUGGCUUUCACUGUCGCCCGUGCUGGUCAGAAAGGUUAUCAUCACCGUACUGAAAUCAACAAAAAAAUCUACCGUAUUGGUGCCGGAAUACACAACAAGGAUGGCAAGCUCAUCAAGAACAGCGCCGCCACCGAGUAUGAUCUAACGGAUAAGUCCAUCACCCCAAUGGGAGGUUUCCCCUUCUAUGGUGAGAUCAAUAAUGAUUUCCUCAUGAUCAAGGGAUGCUGCAUUGGUGCCAAGCGUCGUAUUCUUACUCUACGUAAGUCACUGUUGGUACAUACUAAGCGUUCGGCCCUGGAACAGAUCAACCUGAAGUUCAUCGAUACUUCAUCCAAGAUCGGUCAUGGUCGCUUCCAGACGCCGGCUGACAAACGCGCUUACUACGGUGUGCUCAAGAAGGACCGUAUCCGAGAGGAAAAGGCUCAGGCUGCUGCUGCUGCGGCUGCCGUCAAGUCGUCCGCCUAAACGUCAUAUACAUUUUUGCUGUAUAUUUCAAAGAUAAUUUACUUAUACGGAAUAAAUAUUGCGUAUUAUUAA